AUGGAGGUAAGGACAGUGAAAAUUAACAAUGUCUCCCUCAGCGCAACGGACCAUGAUCUAAGAGAAUUCUUUUCCUUUUCCGGAGAAAUUGAGUAUGUGGAAGUACAUAGUCACAGUGAGAUGUCUCAGGUUGCAUAUGUUACCUUUAAAGAUGCCAGCGGAGCAGACACAUCGAUCCUCCUUUCGGGAGCGACUAUAGUUGAUCAACCUGUUACCAUAGAAUUAGCUGCAGAAUACAAGCUGCCAGCUGCUGUGGCAUCAACACUUCCAGCUGCAUCAGUAAAUGUAAAUGCUGGUCAAGCCAAUUCUGCUGCUCGAAAGGCAGAGGAUGUUGUGAGCAGCAUGUUAGCAAAAGGGUUUAUCUUGGGAAAAGAUACUAUUGGCAAGGCAAAAGCCUUUGAUGAGAAGCACAAAAUAUAUUCCACUGCUACGGCCACAGUUGCUACAUUGGACCAAAAGAUUGGUUUUACAGAGAAACUUAGUGCCAGCACAACCAUGGUAAAUGAUAAAUUGAAGCAAAUGGAUGAAAGGUUUCAGGUUUCUGAGAAGACAAAGUCUGCAUACUCAGCUGCAGGGCAAACAGUCAGUACUGCAGGAUCUGCACUCAUGAGCAACCGUUACAUAUUAACUGGGAGUGCAUGGGCCGCCGGUGCUUAUACUAGAGCUGCCCAGACAGCAAGUGAAGUGAGCCAAAAGACAAAGGAAAAGGUUUUAGCUGAGGAAGAUAAAAACGGCAAUAAAGCUGGAAGCAAUCAAGCGGAAGGCAGUAAAGCAGAAGGCACUCAAGGCGGUAAAGCAGAGGGCAUUCAAGCUGAAGGCAUCAAAGCAGAAGUCAGUCAAUCGGAAGGCAAUGACGCAGCAGCUGGCAGUCAAGCCCCAGGCAAUAAAACGGAAGGCAUUAAAGAAGAAGACGUCAAGGUGGAAAGCAAUAAAGUAGAAGUCCGUUCUUAGACUCAUCGAGUCUCCA